CGCACACGAGAUGCGCUGCUUGCUAACCGCCAAGAAGAAGAAGAACAGCGGCGCACGGACCUUAUGAUCGAUGGUAAUUAUUGACCUUAAGCCUUGAACCACCAUGGCAGCAUCUGGCCUCAUCCUCGGGAUCCUCGCGCUGUCUCUGAGUCCCGGAGACCCGUUUUCAAUCAUCAAACAGAAGCCACUGACCGUAGACGUGUGUUCAGAGUGCAGCCAGUUCAUCCAGCUCUCUGCCAACAUGAUUUCCAGCAGGGAUGCUAAGGAGACUGUGUAUAAAACCCUGCAUUCCCUGUGCCAACGCCUCCCGAGAGAACAGGCGUCAGAGUGCGAUUCACAGGUGAAAGUGUAUUUGCCGAAAGUCCUGCAGCAGACACCCGGUCACCUGAAAUCUGGAGAAACCUGCGUAGUUUUUGGACUUUGUGCUGCCCACAAGGAGGAAGUGAUGGAAACUCUGCACCGCGCCACCAACACAGACGUGUCGGUCUCUGCACUCAGCUCCGCCUCCAAAACACAGGGUCAGUUUAACCCAGCAUGCACCCUGUGCUUGUAUUUUAUAAAGAAACUGGAGACACUGCUGCCAAAAAAUAUGACUGAGGAUGCUUUGGUGAAAGUCAUGGGAGAGGUCUGUUAUCUCCUCCCACAGAGCUACAAGGACCAAUGUAAUGAUUUUGUUGAAAAAUAUGGCGUGCAGAUAGUGGAAUUCCUCUUAUUGUCCGCUGCACCUCACACAAUAUGUAGCCUUCUGCACGUCUGCUUGUUCAAGGAGCAGCCCGUUCCAGAGUUGUUCCUCCCCUCGGAUUGUGACUUUUGUCGCACGCUGGCUGCCCUGAGCCGACUACACCUCGGUCUCAACUCCACCCAAUCGCAGACUUCCUCUUUCCUGCAGUCUGUGUGCGUCAAUCACCCCAACGCCAUCCCCAAGUGUGGGGCUUUCACCAAAGUCUACGGCUCCAGACUGCAGAAGGUUUUGGGAAACCAGAUGGACGGCCCAGAUGCUUGUGAAAGAGCGGAUCUGUGUGUUGCUGCAAAGAAUUUGGAGCCGCUGGGAACGAAUCAUUGUACCUGGGGGCCGAGCUACUGGUGCAAAGACAUUCAAACUGCUCAAAAGUGUGGCAACCAGGCCUUCUGUGAGAAGUACAUGUGGAAGGAGUGAACACGACGGACAUCUGCAUUUGCGUCCUGCUUCUGCCCCCCCCCCCGUCGUGACACUGACAGCAUGUGGGCAUAGAAAUAACCGCUUUCUUUUUACAGAGCUACUGCACUGAUCAAAUCUUUUGUCUUUUGAAAUUAAUGCUGUACGCUAUUUUGUUCAAUAAGCUUAAAUGUUUAUCCAGAAAUGAUUAAAUUUGUGUCAAGUAACAAAACAGGAUGGGAUUGAGUCUGACACAUCAGUGUCUGGUAUUCCAGUUCAGUGAGUAGUGAUAUUCUGUAGAUUGCAAAAAAAGAUGAAUUACAUGAGACUAUUGUGUAAUUUUAUGAUCCAAUCAUCCUAUGAGCCGUGGUAAAUUAGCACACGCAACAAACUGCUAAACCUUCAUUAAAAUUCAAUAAACAGACA